UUUAAAUUUAACCAACAGUAAAGGUUUUACUACAAUUAUUAGUGAAGACUUAGAUACAAAUAUUGAAGUAAUUAAUUUUAUAGAUGAAGAUAAUGAAGGCUUUAGUCAAAAUAAAACUAUUUAUAUUCAUGAAAAUGAAACAGAAGCUGAUUUUAUUUACGAACAUGAAGCUGAUUUCAAUAAUAAUAAUGGAGUUGCUAUUGCUAAUGAAGGCAAUGAUUAUUAUAAAAUAGGAGAAAUUAAUUAUAUUAAUGAUUGGGCAUAA